CAGAAGCAGCUUUACCAGCUCCACUUUAACUACAGACUCCCCUGAAUGGAUAUAACUUUAGCUUAAAUUAACUCAGGCAGCCUUUGUUUUUAGUUUAUCUUAUCCGUCAUUAAAGGCUACAAACCUCCAGAUUUUAAAACACUGCGCUAAAGCACGGCUGUUGGCACAGUUUAACAUAGGCUUUACCUGACUUCACUACAAUGACAGAAGGGAACAAUAUGCCUGACGGAGAUACGGCGGCUAAGGAUGCGGUACCCGCAGAGGAGAAGAAGGAGAACGGGGACACCAAAGUGGCUCCAGCCCAGGAGAAACCCGCGGCUCCAGCUGCGGAGGAGGUCGAGUUUGUGCACCCCGAGGGCGGCUGGGGCUGGCUGGUUAUGCUGGCUGCCAUGUGGUGCAAUGGCUCGGUGUUUGGGAUCCAGAACGCCUUCGGUAUACUUUUCCUGUCCCUCCUCCGGGAGUUCGGCUCCGAGGACGAUGAAGACCUCCGCUUCAGGACAGCAUGGGUGGGCUCCCUCUCCAUGGGCAUGAUCUUCUUCUGUUCCCCCAUCGUCAGCGUCUUCACAGACGUCCUCGGCUGCAGAGUGACUGCGGUUGGCGGUGCUGCUGUCGGCCUGGUCGGCCUAUUGGCCAGCUCCUUUGUAACGUCCCUGGGUCCCAUGUACUUCACUUAUGGCAUCGUGUUUGCCUGCGGCUGCUCUUUUGCCUACCAGCCCAGCCUGGUCAUCCUGGGACACUACUUCAAGAAGCGCCUUGGCCUGGUGAACGGCAUCGUGACUGCUGGCAGCAGCAUCUUCACCAUCACUCUGCCUUUCCUUCUGUCGGGUCUACUGGAAAAGGUGGGCCUCCAGAACACCAUGCGAGUCCUCUGCAUCCUCAUGUUUGUGCUGAUGCUGGCCGGCUUCACCUACAGGCCCCUGCUACCUACUAAACCCACCACCACCCACACCAGCCGGUGUCCACCUAUGAGCCAGAUAUUCAACGUCAACAUCUGGAAAUCUUUGGGAUAUCGUAUCUGGGCCUUUGGUAUCCCAGCAGCCCUUUAUGGCUACUUUGUGCCUUACGUUCACCUGAUGAAACACGUGGAGGAGCGUUUUGGAGUGGACUCCAACAAAGAAGUUCUCCUCAUGUGUAUUGGCAUCACGUCAUGUGUGGGCCGUCUCAUCUUUGGCAGGGUGGCGGACUACGUUAACGGGGUCAACAAAGUCUACCUGCAGGUCUCUUCCUUCUUCGUCAUUGGCCUCAUGUCAAUGAUGAUCCCUCUGUGUAACAUCUUCGGUGGGCUGAUCGCCGUGUGCCUGCUGAUGGGGCUGUUUGACGGCUGCUUCAUCUGCAUCAUGGCUCCCAUCGCCUUCGAGCUGGUCGGGGCCAAAGACGUGUCCCAGGCCAUCGGCUUCCUGCUGGGCCUGAUGUCUGUGCCCAUGACUGUUGGACCGCCCAUUGCAGGCUUCCUGAGGGACAGACUGGGCAGCUACGACGUGGCCUUCUACCUGGCGGGCAUCCCCCCGAUCAUUGGAGGAGCCGUGCUCUGUCUGAUCCCAUGGGUGGAGGCCAGGCGCAAGAAGGCAGAGGUGGAGGCGGCUCAGGGCAAGGACCAGGGCGUGACCGAGAAGAUGAUAGAGAGUGAGAAAGCUCAGGGAGACGCUCCGUCUAAAACAGGAGAGUCUGUCCUCUAAGUGUCCUGCUGAAGAGACUGAAAGACACUCUGGGGGUCAGACUGAGACUUUUGAGGACUGGUUGUGUGUUUUUUAAGCCAAGAUUGUAACGGCUGCCUUCAGUCGAAGCAUGCCUGAAUAUGCCAAAGUGAUGAAACAUAUCAGAUAGAUCCAUAGGCUGAAGUUUAACAUGAAUGUGAUUUAGAAGAACUAUGCAUUCAAAGUGUUUUAAUUAGAAUGAAUGAGCAGUGCAGCGGUCAAACUUGAAGUUUCAGAAGAGAAGGGGGAAACUGCACAUUUUAACACAAGGGAAAGAAGGCAUGCUGUGCUUUUAAAUGCAACUCUUUCAGAUUGCACUCUUAAGGUAGACUACAUCAUUCUUAACAAUCAGUUUUAAAGGCUUUAAAUGUAGAAGUAUGGCAUGAAAAGACCUUGGAGGAUGGUAAUUAAGGUGAGCUGCUGUAGGUUUGAUCAGUAUCUCUUUAUAUUUGUCAUAGUGAGGAUUUAUUCUUAAAGCUGCCAUCUGUCCAUCUCCCCUCACACGUUAACAUCAUCUUUCUUUGUUCCAAAUACUGUAAAUAUGGAGGGUGAUUCAAAGGGACAGUGUGUGAUAUCUGAGGUGCUCUGAGGGAUCAUUGUUAGUGUUGUGAAUCUUCAAGGGAAGCAGCUUUAAGCACAAAGAUUUUACAUCUCAACACCAGCAGCUCCAAAGAAAUCAGAUUUCUCCAGUAACAGCGAGCUCCAGGUUCACUUUGUUGUAAGAGGCUUGGGUUAAUAACAUGGGAAAUAGGUAAAAUCAAAUAGAUAUAAACUAAAACGAUAGAGAUCUUAAAGAGACAGCUGCUUUAUUACCUUAGGAUUUGGGGAAAAUUAGCAUCUAAGGUCUUUUUGUCUAAGUUUAAGUUAUACUAGUGUAUGUUCCUUUAUGUACAACUGCAUCUCAGAUCGGACGAUACUUCGAAUAAUUCUUUGUAUCCUGCACUCUAAAAGUGAAACUUUCUUAUAUCAUUAAUUUAUAAAGUGACAUUUUUUAAGCCUUUUCUUUAGGGAUGUAUGAUAUUAUUGGCACAAUUUAUGCUGAUAUUUACAACCAGUGUUUUGGCUAUGAAUACCGGCAUAUAUGGGCUGAAUCAGGACUUCAGUUUUACGCCUGAACUACAUAUUUAGAUAUGGGCAUUGAUAUCAGGUAAAAUGACUGUGAAUAUUGGCAUAAAUCCAGUGUUGUGCGUCCCUACUUUUUUUGUUCUAACCCUGAUGACUCCAGCUUACAACUCAUGAAAAUCAGAAUCCCAGCGUCCCAGAAUUAUAGGACAAAAAAGCUGUAGAAAGGAGUCCUGCAUGGACUUUAAAAGGGUAUUUUUGAGGUUCUCUUAUGAAUGAGAUCCAUGUAGUCAAAAAAUCUAAAAGAAAAAUAACUCCAAGGCACCCUUUAAACAACUAUGCUCAUGUGUUUUUAGACCCUAGGAACACACAUUUUAGCAUCAAGUGUGAGGAUACCAACCAGACAGAUGUUAGGAACCAGUAGCUUUUUUACAGUAGUACAACACCUAAAAGGUACUAUGACAGCAGCAGAUAAAAAUACUGGUCUUUAUCUGCUGCUGUCAUAGUUUUUAUGCAACUCUUUCAUACCUCCAGUGUCCUGCUAACAACAUUUAUGCCAGUUCCUAUAGAUGCAGUACCACUUUAGAAGAGGCUACUGUUUCCUGGCAUCUGAUUUUUUGACUUCCUGAUGAAGACUUGAUGCUGAAACAUGACAAUGCCCUGGAAUCAAAGGCAUUUUAAGUGUGAAAAUACAGUGCCUUGGUGCUUUUGUGAUAAUUGCUUAUUUAAGCCUAAUCAAACAAGGGUUUUUGAUACUGAAAUGUCAACCCUUUGAGAAGUACGUUUAUAUGCACUCAGUUCUUGGUCAGGGCUCUUUUUGCACAGCUUAUGGCACUGUUAUGAACCGCUUUGGUAGCGCUGUUUUUAAGAUGGAGAUGUGAGACAGCAGAGUCAACACUACAGACGAGCUGAAGGCUGCAGUCAGAGCAACCUAGCUUCAUAACACCCCAGCAGUGCCACAAGCUGAUCAACUCCAUAACAUCCUGCUCUGAUGCAGUAAUUAUGCCAAAGGACCGAGCUAAACCGGCGCACAGAGAUCUUUCUUCAUUGCCGGAUAUGUACAUUGUAAUCAUCAAAAUUCAACCAGAAAAAGGCUGAAAUAUUUCACUUUAUGAAUCAAAAAUAAAUGAAAGUUUCACAUUUCUGUUUAACUUAAAGGAUAUUCCAUGAUAUCCAUGAGUUUUUUUAGAUGAACCUGUGCACAGGUAGUCAGUAGUGUUCGUUUGCCUGAUGGCCCUGUGCAGCGCUGAUGCUGCUGUGACUGAACUGUGACUCGUUCAUGUUUUAAUCGAAUCCUGUGAAACCUCAGCAGUGUCUGACAUUCAUAUCUACAAAGACUGACUUACACAUUUUGGAGCUUAUCGGUAUCUUGACAAAAGUCUGACAAAAAAAAAAAACUUUCUCUGUCUUAAAAAUGGCUUCAGCCUUAAGCUCAGCUGAGCUUAACUGGUCUGCACUGGUGAGGAGUCUGUCACAGAUAUGUCAGAAUAAGUUGUCCAGUCAAUGUGAAAACAUGAAAAUGAAUCCAGAAUGGUAGCUUUAGUUAAUUUAGAGAUAGUGACUUUGUCGCGUUUCCCACAGUUUAUCAUCCUAAUGAACAAGAGCACACCUGCUUUUAGUUCUCAUCAUUAACAUGCCUUAAUCAGAAAUAUUGAAACUUUGUGUUUGUGCCUCUUAUAGACAUCAGUAUUGACAUUAAGCAGUAUUUUUAAACAUCCAGAGGUGCUUUUUUGUAUUUUGCUUCCCUGUGUCUGCUUGAAUAUCACCAAACCUGUGUUUAAAAUCUCAUCCACCUCCUGGUUUAGAUAGAUAUAGGAUAUUUGUCAAGCAGCUGUCUCAGUCUAAGUCCUAAAACAACCAUUUCAAGAACAGACCUUCUGCUAUGAUGGAUGAAUUUAUAAAUGGACCAAAGAUACUGGUGCAUACAUGCUUCAUAAAGAGACUCUUACACAUUGACCUACAGUAUCUUAUCCACUCUUUUAAACAGAGCUGAGGACAUAACACUGAGUAAUCAUCGACUAUCAGUGGGGUUAAAUUUUAACUCUGUGCCCAGUUCAUUCACUUGUUUCAUGUUGUCAUAUUGUAUUUAUUUUGUCGUUUUUGUGUCAUGCUGUAAUCGACGGGCAUUUGGCUAAAGACAGAUUUAAUUUAGACCAAACAAAAAGUGCUGAAAUGAAAAUGGCUGAAAGUGUCUUAAUCAUGUUUCCUGCUCUCAUCCGUCAGAGAACGUGUCAUCUGAACAUGUUUGGAAGUUUGCUCUCUGUAAACUCUUUUGGGAAUCGCCAUGUUUCCAAUGAUGUUUCCCCUGCAGACAUGUGACACUCUACCUCAGAUGCCCCCGUCUGGACCGUCACGCCGCCCCAGCAGAGGCCCGUUAACAGAGCGCUGUGACGGAGAAACACAAAUAAACAGAAACGUCUAACAAAGCAACUGAGCUGACCCCGCUGUGCUUUUUAAUUACAAGUGCCUUUUUAAUGCAACUGUGACAAACGUCAACAGCGUUUACAUAUCUUCUCCUCUCUUAAUAUGAAAUCUUUAUGAUUAAAUAAACAUCUUUUUAAUCUUUUUUACUGCAUGACUUUUAGUUUACAUAGAGACUGUUUUUCUUCUUCACCAAUGAGAGCCUUCAGUAAUUUCUGGACAAGGAAAUUACUUCAUUUGUACCUCUGAAUUUUGAUUGUAGACCUCUUCGCUUUGGUAUUUCAAGGUUUCAUUGUGCUAAUCAUUUCCUCUUUUACUAAUAUCAUUCAAUUUUUGCCUUUUACUUGUUUCUUUAAAUGAGCUGUGACAUCCAAAGAGACAUUUGGGGGGAAAAGGCUAAAAUAUUGCAUGAUUUGUUUUCUUUUAUUUGAGGCAAAGUGUCUUAAUUUCUAUGUCAUCAUAUGCUGCACGUGGCAAACAGGAUGCCUCUGUUUAAAGCAUUUUAUUGUUAAUUUGGUGUUUUUGCCUUCAUUUAUAAAAUCUGUGUAAAUGUAAACAUUUUGUUUUUGCUGCAAGUUCAGAUAAAGAUUUACUUCUGUAAAA